AUGUCCAAGAUGCUGGGAGAGCAAGGCCACCCAAGGGUUAUCAAUGCUGAGAAGUCAGAAUUCAACGAGGACCAGGCGGCCUGCUGUCAGAUCUCCAUCCGGAGGAGAGAGCCGGGCCUGGAGGAGGAUGAGGAAUGGCUGAUCCUGUGCUCCACGCAGUUUCUGACUGGUUACUACUGGGCACUGUUUGACGGCCACGGUGGCCCAGAAGCCGCCAUCAUCGCCUCCAACUAUUUGCACUACUGCAUCAAGCAGAAGCUGGAGGAGGUUGUGGGAGGCAUCACAGAGGCCCGUCCCCCCAUGCAUCUGAGCGGACGCUGCGUUUGUGACAGCGACCCCCAGUUCGUGGAGGAGAAGCACAUCCACGCUGAAGACCUGGUGGUGGGAGCCCUGGAGAAUGCCUUCCAGGAAUGCGAUGAAGUCAUCGGCCAGGAGAUGGAAGCUACGAACCAGACGGGAGGCUGCACUGCUCUGGCUGCCCUUUAUUUCCAGGGAAAGCUGUAUGUGGCUAAUGCUGGGGACAGCAGGGCGAUUCUUGUUCUGAAGGACAACGUCGUGGCCAUGAGCUGCGAGUUCACACCCGAGACAGAGAGGCAGCGAAUCCAGCACUUGGCUUUUCUUUUCCCCAAGCUCCUGGACGGUGAGUUCACACGCUUUGAGUUUCCACGGAGGUUGAAGGGAGAUGACGUGGGCCAGAAAGUCCUGUAUCGGGAUUACUUCAUGGAGGGCUGGGGAUACAAGACAGUAGAGAAAGCUGACCUCAAGUAUCCUCUUGUCCAUGGUCACGGAAAGCAGGCUCGCUUGCUGGGAACUCUGGCUGUGUCUCGAGGUCUGGGGGAUCAUCAACUCAAAGUUAUCGACACCAACAUUGAAGUCAAACCUUUCCUCUCCUGCAUUCCCAAGGUGAAGGUAUUUGACUUUGCUCUGCAUGACAUUAAGGAAGACGAUGUGCUCAUCAUGGCAACUGAUGGCCUUUGGGACGUUCUGUGCAACAAAGAGGUGGCCCAUAUGGUCAGGAGCUUCCUUGCAGAAAACAGGACAGAUCCUCACAGAUUCUCAGAACUGGCCAAGUGCUUGGUAUGCAGAGCAAGGGGAAAGAAGAGAGGCCACCAGUGGCUGCUGGAUGACAGCCACGAGGCAUCCUAUGAUGACAUCUCUGUAUUUGUCAUCCCACUGCACAACAGGGAUGAGGACUGACUGUUAGCAUGACAUGCAGGAUCUCUGCGUCCCCCUAUUAUGGUGCUGUUCAGCAUCAGCCCGAGACUGAGGGAUUUCUGCUGCGCACGUACACUCUCUUCCAGCAAAACCAUCUGCAGUGGAACCUGAAAAUGCACAGCCAGCACUUAUGCAGAAGAUCAACAAGAACAUUAACUCCUUAAGAACAUGCAAGAGAGGAACAGCGGGCAACAAAUCAUUCCCCUUACUCCUUUCUCUUUGUUGGGCCAAGGACAAAUUGCAAAGAGGACCACGCAAGCUGAAGGGUACUGUUUCUAAGAUCUUUGCAGUACAGCGAGACUCAAAUCCACGUUGCCAGUGACCCCUCUCCCUUUUUAAUAUUGAAGAAUGA